UUAGUCCCUUCCCUUCCCUUCCCAAUUCCCAUCGAGCAUUGCCUAGGAGAAAUAUCGCGCAGAGAGAGAGAGAGAGACAGAGAGAGAGAGAGACAGAGAGUAGCGCAGCCUUCAACCACCAAAAUACGCAAUGCCCCAAUAGAUAGCGCCGCCCAGGGAUUCUUCAGACGGAGAGACCUUACCUCAAAUUCAAAGUUUGGAAUGGAGGACACUCCUAAAGUAGAGGCUGAAUUGUCUGAGUUGGCCUCUGAAAAUGCACAAGAAACCAGGGAAGAGAUGCUUUCUAGGCACAGAAAAGAGAUUUCCAAGCUACAGGACAAAGAAACUGCGAUGAAAAAGGCAGCUGCAAAAGGUAGCAAGGCGGAGCAGAAAGCUAAGAAGAAACAAGUGGAUGAAGAGAUGUCUAAACUUUUGACAGAGCUCAAAGAAAAACAUGCUGCAGAACUUGGUUCUCUGGGCUAUAGUGGUAAUAUCGAUGGGAAAGAUAAAGGAAAUCUUGAAAAUUUGGUGAAUGCCAUUGCUGGGGUAUCUGUCAGCAAUCAGGCUGAACAUUCAAAGCCUAGUAAGAGUGUGAAGAGGCGUGAAAAAAGAGCUCAACAAGAAGCAGCCAGAGAGCAAAGAAUACAAGAAGAGCAGAGUAAUAUUACAAGUGAUCGGGUCAUUGAGAAUGAGAAGCUGGAAAAGAAGCUUGAACCCCUUGGAUUGACCAUUAAUGAAAUAAAGCCUGAUGGACACUGUCUCUAUAGAGCUGUUGAGAAUCAGCUAGCUGUACAUUCUGGAGGCUCAUCUCCUUAUACUUACCUGGAACUACGACAGAUGGUGGCUGCUUACAUGAGGAAGCAUGCAUCUGAUUUCCUUCCUUUUUUCCUCUCCGAGAAUAUUAUUGAAGGCGAAUCAGAUGAUUCUCUUAUGCAGAGGUUUGAUAAGUAUUGUAGAGAAGUGGAGUCAACUGCAGCAUGGGGAGGACAACUUGAGCUCGGUGCCCUAACUCAUAUCUUAAAGAAACAUAUCCUGAUAUAUUCAGGAUCUUUCCCUGAUGUGGAGAUGGGAAAGGAAUACAAACCCGCCAGUGUCACUGCCUCAUUUGAGCCAAGUAUCGUGCUAUCAUACCACAGGCAUGCAUACGGACUUGGCGAGCAUUAUAACUCGGUCAUCCCAAACUCGGCUUGAUAGCUAUGCAUAUGUCAGAUGAUCGAGGUUUCCUUCACUAGUAUACCAUUUACCUAGUACUUGUAUUUUCACAAAAUAUUUACUUUAUAGUUGAUGAUGCAAUUUCGAUUUUCCAGUUAUUGUGAUCUUAUACUGCUGUUGGUGUUCUCCUUUCUGACUUUACAUUUGUUCGAUCAUAGUUAAUACAUAUUGUUGACUGUUUCAUAAUGUUUUUGUGCUUUGGCGUGCCUUUUUGAAUGCAAAGAGAAACCAACACCUCAUUUGAACU